GCAGGAACAGCUAUCAUGUCGGCCUGCUUGGUGUCUCUAAACAGAUACUGCCAGCGGUCAGUCCGCCUCCUUGUUGCUGGGCGACCGUGCAGCUCCAGCUCGGUGUCUCCACGUCCUCUGCACAGGAGACUCCUCCUCUCCCUCACCCAGCGGUAUUAUGAUGUAGAGAUGCUCCUGAGCUGGUGGUCUCGGCUGAGCAGGAGGAGGACUGAGAAGAAGAACGCUUACUACAGCUACACUCAGAGGUUUCAUGGGCCCUACAUAGCAGCAGCGUAUUUUAUCUUGAGUCUAAAGGGAGGAUUUAGGUACGUUGGUCAGUCGGACUGGUUUCGUGCUGACCAGAGGGGCAAGUUCAGCUGGGGCUUCUUGAAUCACAAAGACACACUCCUAGAGGAAGUAGACAUGAGCUACACUGUCGUCAACUUCACAGGACUGGGGAACCUGGAGGGGCAGCACUCUUUGAGGACUCUGUCAUUACAAGGAUGUCCUGAAGUGGACGAUUGGUUCCUGGCCAGGCUCCAUAUGUUCCAGGACUCUCUGGAGGAACUGGACAUCUCUCACUGUCCACGCAUCACCACAGGGGGCCUGGCUGCUCUGAGGAAUCUCAAGGGACUGCGGCGUCUGGACAUAUCGUCCCUCCCCAGGAUUUCGAAUCCAGGAUUAGUCAUCAUCCUGCUGGAGGAAAUGUUACCACAGUGCCAAAUCACCGCUACUGGCUACGACUACAGCCUAAAUCAGGAGGAGGGAGAGGAGAAGACAGAGCACAUGCAAGGGCAGAGGUAGUGAAUGGACAGGGACAUGAAUCAGAGGAAUCAGGUGAUACAGUCCAGAAAGAGAAGGAGUCCUCUGAAAUAGCUGUGCCAUCAGUUCACUGUAGUUUAGUAGAGAAGAUGCCAGUGGGGCAAAGAGAGGCGGAGAACAGCUGACAUAAAGAGAGGAGAGUUGAUAAGUCUGACUUUUGCAGAAAUACAGCAGUUAAGGCUUAUUUUCAGUAUUGCACCAAGCCAGUUUAGGUCGGUUACAUUAAAUAGGUUGAAUUAAACAACUGACUUCAGACGUAAACAGUGGGAUCAACCAGGUGUGGCCUCAGAUUUGAUUGAACAGUGACAACAUAAAAUUAGAUAUAAAAAUGUGGAAAAGAAAAAUUCAACAUUUGUGGAACAAGAAAGGACUACCUCAAGUCUGUUGGAUUAUUUGUGUCCCAGGAAUAUUUUAGAAGUUAAGUGUUUUGUUUUCCCCAAGAAUCAAGUUGUUGUCGAGUGUGCAUAUUUAUGAUGUACAUCUAAAUUUAUUUAACAUCAUUUCUCUGUCACAAGCCAGUUGCACUUUGACUGCAAAUGUGGUAAUGAUUUUAUUUGUUGUUGGAAUGUAGAUAUGAUUGUAAAUGUAAAAAUAAAGAUUCUAAUGUUCACUA